AAUUUAACAAUAGCCACUAUUUUCCGCCGCCUUAUUAACGUGUAAACAAACCAAAUUAAUCUAAAAACCCACUAAGAAAAAAAAACAGCAGAAAAAUGUCGUUCAUGAACCCUGUUGAUAUGGUGGAGGAGGAUGCUGCCGACCUACAGUUUCCCAAAGUUUCUCGCCAGCGACCCAAGAAUCACAAACUGAACAUAAUUAAUGCAAAAGUUAACAAAGAUACUCGUUUUACGGUGAGCACAUAUGAUCCAGAGCAAUUGCAGCGUUUAUUAGAACAACGAGAACAAUGUUUAAGGACUUCCAUAAGCAAUGGUUGCAAGAAUGACGAUGAUGAUAUACCACAAUGCUCAACUUGUCAUUGUAGUCUUCAAGAGCCCUAUAUUCGUUGUUCCGACUGUGAGGAGUAUGUUUGCUUGUGCCUUCAAUGCUUUGCCAAAGGGCGUGAAACGAGACUUCAUAAAAACAAUCACGCAUAUGUCAUAAUCAAAGAUGAUAUACAAGUUUUUCCUGGGUCUGGUUCAUGGACAGCAAAAGAUGAACGUAUAUUGCUACAGGCGCUGCAAACACAAGGCUAUGGCAAUUGGGAUGCGGUGGCCAAAGCUUUGCAGUACCGCCAUGAUGCUGCACAGUGCCGUCAGCAUUAUCAUGACAACUAUUUUGGAGGUGUGUUUGAGCGUCUCUUGGGACUUCAGCAUGCCUCUCAUGCCUAUACGCGGCAGCACACUCCGUACGUGGUAAAGAUGCGUUCGGUGGAUCCACCAAGACACGAUGACAUCACAUCAAUACAAUUUAAAAUUAUGGCAGGUUAUCGUUGUGCUCGUGGAGAUUUUGAUACACCAUAUGAUGUUACGGCGGAGAGUUUUCUAACUACAAUACAAGAAGAGGAAGAACGUUGCAAAGAGCUAGUAGAUGACGAAAUAGUUGACGAUGAUACCGAAGCAUGUUUGGGAGAAUUAAAAUAUGCUUUAGUACAGGCCUAUAAUCAUCGUUUACAAGAACGCCAGAGACGCUAUAGAAUAAUGCGAGAUCACGGUCUCAUAAUGACCAACCGUACCAUGGGUUGGAUAACUAAAUAUGCCGAAGCAUUACUUUCUGAAACAAACUGCAAACGAUUUUUGGCAUUUAUGCAACUUUGCAAACCAAUGGAAUUCGAUUUACUAAUGGAGGGUCUUAAAUAUUAUAGUGAUUUGCAAAAAGCAAUAUUUCGGCUAUAUGAAUUGCGACAAAAUGGUGUUCGCACUAUGGUUGGUGGUUCGCUAUAUUUCCGAUUAAAAAAGAAGCGACUACAAGAACAGCGAGAACGAUUGCGAAAUGAACGCUUGUUGCAUCAGUACGAUUGGCGCAAGUUGAUACCUUCAGAGUCAUAUACUCUGAAUGAUGCUAUAAAUCCAUAUUUCCUAACACCCACUGUAAACCCUAUGCCUAGAAAAAAAGCAGGCCCCAUGGAUGUUUUUGGUCUUCCCGGUUUUGCUAAACUUAAUGAUGAUGAACGUCAAUUGUGCAGCGUAGCUCGUAUAGUACCACAAUCAUAUUUGGAUUACAAAAAUAUGCUAAUUACUGAGAAUAGCAAAGUUGGCCACAUACGUUUAGCCGAUGCUAGACGUCUCAUCAAGAUCGAUGUUAAUAAAACAAGACAAAUUUACGAUUUUCUUUUAGAACAUGGGCAUAUAAAUAAACCAAGUUGUUGAUAGCUAAGAAAA